ACGUGACUGGGACUCCAGUACCCAGAAGGCGCUGUUCGACCGGAUGCAGCGGUUACCAAGGAGCUGUUGUCAUGUCGUCCGGUGGUGAAGGCCCGCUGCUGUCGCUGGAUUUUGAAGUGUUUGGCAAAGUGCAGGGAGUUUUCUUCCGGAAAUAUACGCAGAAAGAGGCGAAGCGGCUUGGCCUGGCUGGAUGGGUGGAGAACACGGAGCAGGGGACAGUGCGAGGCCAGCUGCAGGGAGCCGAGGAGCCGGUCCGGGCCAUGCAAACCUGGCUGCGCCGUACAGGUAGCCCCAAGUCCCGGAUAGACAGAGCGGAGUUCAGCAACCAGAAGCGAAUCCAGCGCCGGGAGUACCCCGACUUCCAGAUCAUCAAGUAACCGGAGGCGGGGCUCUGUCAGCCCGAGAGUCACGGAGAGGAUCCAGUCCGGCUUGGGAGUUGCUCGGUUCCGCUCUGAUUCCAACCGCUUACGGAGUUCUGUUAGAAACGGAAUCAGCCACUGUCAACCUGGAACCAGCCUCGCUGGGAAUCAACCUCUCUCAAAAGUUCGCCGAUAACCUUUAGUCCGGAUGUUGAGGGUCUUUGUGGUUUAUGUUCAAUGUUUCCGGACAGUAUUUCAAGUAGGUCCGCAUUUGUCUUCGAUGUUUUCUCCCUGUUCUUGUGUUCUUUUUCAUGGAGGUUGGAUGAUGGUGAGUGGGGUUGAUGUCCGGUUCUUGCCACCGUGGUCAGAUCUGUAGCAACAUUCCUAUCAACAAACCAGAACGACCUCCAAAUUUGGAGUUCCUUCCGAACCGACCUGAGAUGUUUUUGAAGGCUCACGUUUUCCCAUCUGUUGUAAGAUUUGUUUGUCUGAAUUGUCAAACUGAAAAGAGUACUACGGUAAAUAAGGUACAUAGGCGUGAGUUUUUUUUAAGUUCAACUGAAAAGCUCGCUUCUGCGUUUUCAUUAUUUUCAUGUGAAAGGAUUCAAUUUUGAGUCUAAACUUAAAGCAAAAUGGCAUUUUCGUAAAAGUGGUCUUGGUUAGAGAGCCUCCUAAGUGUGUUGCUAGACCGGUACUUCGCACCACUGCGUACUUUGUGCAGUUAAAGUGAGAGUUAAUACAAAACAACAUUCAGAUUUAAAGGAGGUGCGGCCCCUGCAGUGAGAUAUUAAACAAACGUUCUAUUCCACUGUUCCUGCACUUCAGGAACAACCCAUUGGUAAUAACACAGUGACGACCACUAAGAGGUUCUGGCGACAGAUCUAACGUUAAACUUCCAUGAUCAUUUUCCCAACUUCUGUUACUGACAAGAUAAUAAAAUGUGAGGCUGGAUGAACACAGCAGGCCAAGCAGCAUCUCAG